AUGACGUCCCCAUACCAGCCGUCCAUGUCGUUUUCGCCGUCGGUGAACGGCCCCGACAUGACGGCUGCACCCUCGAGACCUGUCUCCGACCUCCCGCAAUCCCAAGUCGAUGCGAUUAUCCGAACGAAGCGGAAAGCGCGCGAGCCCAAGGCGUGCUACCCCUGCCAUGCGCGAAAGGUCAAAUGCGAUCGCAACCUCCCGUGUGAUGGAUGUGUCAAGCGUGACCAUGCCGACCUCUGCUCGUACGAACGACCCUCCAAAAAACGCAUCAUGGGCGGCGCGGGCCCUUCCCAAUAUCGCGAUAGCCCCGCAGCAACACCGGGCAGAUCGGACAGCAUCGGGCUCCCUGGACCGGCUGAGACACCUGUCCGGCUAAAACAGGAACCUGGCGUGGCGAGACCGAACCUGUUGACGUCUGCCGGGCGAGUCUCAAUUGCGCGGGAGGAGUGGGAGAAUGUGCGCAGUAGGCUCAAGGAGAUGGAACAAACCAUCACAAAUCUGCGCGUCGGCCUGGAGAAGGCAGAAGAAGGACAGGCCUCCUCACUAGAGACUGGUAGCGUGCAGAGCGGCGAUGCAAGCAACCGGUCCAAAGCCGCUUCCCCGGAGCGAGAGGGUAUCCAUGCAGCGAACACGCUGGGCGAAGGCACAGUCCACUUGGGAUCGCGGUCUGUCCUCGCUUACAUAUUGAACAACAAGUCCGGCUCGGACCAGCUACAAGCCCUCCUGGAAGGUGGCAUACUGCCGAAACUGGGUCUUGAUAAUGAAUCCGCGACGUAUCCGUUUGUCGACCUGUGGUCGUCUGAUAUGUCCACAUUUGAUAUUAGCGCUGUUUGCAGUGCACUUCCAAGUGAUCAGCAGUGCAAGGAGUUUUUCUACUACUACCGGGACAUAGCAGGUGCUAUUUAUCCUGUUCUCGAGGACAUACCCAACUUCGAGCUGCACCUUGAUCUGUUGUUGCGGAAUAGGGCGGCUACCGGUGGGAUAUACCGCUCAGAUAACGAUCAAGCUCAAAAACCAUUUGGCGUUUCUAUAGCAUUUCUUGGCUUGCUGUUUGCUGUGUUGGCCUCCGGCUGCCAGUCCUCUGAUUUGCCCAGCAAGGAGAGAGAGCUGACAUCUCAAGUUUAUGUAUGUUGCUCGUACCAGUGUCUCCGAAUGACCAACUUUUUAUCGCACCCGACCAUAGACGCGAUUCAGACUCUCCUUGUCAUUGGCAAUGUUCUGUCCUAUAAUAUGAACCCCGGCAUUUCCUACGUUCUUCUUGGCAUGACCCUUCGAAUGGGGCUCGCGCUUGGCUUGCAUGUUGAAUCAAGCCGCUUUUCCACAGCGGAGAGAUACCGUCGACGACAUUGUUGGUGGUCCAUGGCUUGGCAAGACAGCCACUUCUCGCUCUCGUACGAUCGACCAUCAACCACGGCCGUCUGCCAACCAGAGAUAGCCUAUAAGCAGGACUCAACGCCUGGCGAGUGCUCAUACUUCGAAACUCUCUGCCGGGUUAUAUCCCUAGCGCUGGAGGUAGUGCGCAGCCGAAUGCUCAAUCCCCACGCACAGCUGAGCCAGAAGACCAUCCAAGCAUACAAAGAAAGGAUCCAACACAUCAUGAUCGAGGCGAAGCCUUACUUGCGUGACCGAAAGUACUGUUUCUCCACUUCCGAACACCUUGAGAGAGUCGUGCUGAAGCUACAUUCCUCAUACUUCGCCUCUGAGCUCCUCCGGCCGGCUCUCAAAAUGACAGCCGACCCCAACGACCCGCUCACCACCAGUAUGCGUUCGGACUGCGUUAGAAACCUGAUGACCACGGUCGAAGCCUAUGUUGAAAUGCACUCGGUUAGCUCCCAUGCGUCCCGGUCUUGGAUUGCCUUGCAACGGGCGAUCAGCUCGAUUUUCUUGCUCGCCGUCACCGAAGAAUCGAAGACGAACCCCCGGUUCUGGACGCUUUUACGCGAGAUGAAGAUGAUCAUUGCAGAACGGGCCAACGAGGAAGGCUUAUUUGGUCAGGGAGAUGCAUCUGGCCUUCACCAAACGGAGCGCAACGGAAGCCUCACUGCGGCUAUUCCUACCACCACCAACACCACGGCCACCAGCCCCGCCGCCCUAAGCUCCGGCUCCCCUGCGUCGGCUGCCGUCGUGGUCGACACGCAGACUCAGUGGGCGAAGCCCUUGACCAAGACCCUCCGCGCACUGGAUAAACUCGAAGCCGCCUUCAGCUCUCACGGCCAGUUGCCAGCUGGCCAAGGCGCAUAUCUGAACCCAGCCACGGCAUCCAUGCAAAACCUGGUACCACCGGUUGCCGCCGCCAUGACGCCGAGCGUCGGAUCCCUUCCGCCGCCGACGCCCGAGAGUUCCACCAGCGGGGAGUGGACCAUACCCAACAUCCUUGACCGAGCUGCGGAGUACAUCCACCCACCGCUCUGGAGCUGA